AUGGAUGAAAACGCUCCUAAGCAGGAGCUCCAAACCCUCACGUCGGCCGAUCGCAUCCGACAGCUAAAUGAGGUCGAUAAGGAUGUCACUAGAUUAAUCCAUUCCGCGGGACUAGCAAUUCAAGCUCUCACCAACGCCAAACCGGAUUCUUCCUCCCCCGCACCAGACGGAUCACUAGACUCGCACAAGACGCGAUUCAAAGAAGCGACGGCUCAAUAUUUCGCGCUAUUGUCCUCAAUUGAUGUUCGUCUACGUCGUCAAGUCUAUGCAUUGCAGGAAGCCUCUCUACUAGGACGGGAGACAGCCUCGCGUGCAGGUGAUAGCAAGUCUAGUCGAAAUGAUCCAAGUGCGGGCGCUGCAACUGUUGCCGAGAAUCCGCUUGAUAUCAGUUGGCUCAAUAGCCGGAAGGAUACAGUUGGGAAGGACAAGGAGGCUGAGUUGUGGGCUGCUGCUCGGUCUUUUGUUGAGCAGUUGGACAAGCCAGCCAAUGACACGGACAACAUGCAAUUGGAUUGA